AAGGCAAUCAACAAUAUGCAGAUUGCUUUCUUUUACGGUGUUCGUAAAAAAACUAUCAAAGUGUUAAACUUACCGCAACUUUAUCUGCAGUCGCAAGCAAGUGGCGGAUCUCGCAGUAGUAAAAUGCCCGUACACGAAUUUAAAGUGGAAAUGACAUGCAGUGGGUGUUCUGGAGCAGUAGAGCGAGUUUUAGGAAAACUAGGUGAUAAGGUAGAAAAAGUUUCCAUCGACUUGGAUGAGAAAACUGUUCUUGUGACGUCAAAUUUAUCGGCCGAUGAACUUUUAGAAGUAAUUAAGAAGACAGGAAAGACGACUACUUAUGUUGGGGUGAAAGAAUGAAACGAACUUUUUUGCAAAUUUAAAAAAAUUGCAAAAUUAAAAUUGGAAGUUUGAAAAAUAAUAAUGUAAAAUGUAAAAAUAUAUUUUUAAAUUCUUAUUAAAAUUGAAAUUUUACUAAAUUAAAUUUAGAAGUGAUUAAUACUAUACUCAAUUUCAAUUAUUAUGUCAAACACUAAUCCAAAAUAUUUUAAAAAUAUGUGAUUGUCGUUUAAGAAUGAUAAAUUAAAAGAUUAAUAUUGAUAUAAUAUAAUGUCUAUUCUAAAUACUUAACAAAGUGAAGUUAUUAGCACUACGCGGUUGAAUUAAAUUUUUAAAUACUUAUAUACAUAAAUAUUUCUAAUAUGAUGUUGAAGUUUAUAAGUAGUAAUUGAACUUUAAAUUAGAAAGAGUUUAAACAUUUAUUAAUAUUAAUAUCGAACAGUUAUUUAGAUACGCCAAUUUUUUUCUUAUGAUUAAUUAUGUAAGUUUAAAUAAAUAAUAUACAUUUUAAUAUUCAUCCCGACUUGUGAUGUCGCUUUAGACAGAACUAAAAUUUAAAUUUUUUUAAAUAAUUAAACAUAUAACAUUUAAUAAAGUUUUGAUUCAUGCAAAUGAUAUUUUAU